UCCCAUUCGGAUCAUUUGCGCCUAGAACUUCGUGACGCCCGGUACGUAGCUAGAGGAUUCCAAAAUGUCUGGUCGUGGAAAAGGUGGUAAAGCCAAAUCUAAGGCUAAGAGCAGGUCUUCUAGAGCCGGAUUACAGUUUCCAGUCGGCAGAAUCCACAGGCUUCUCAGGAAAGGAAACUACGCCGAACGUGUUGGAGCUGGUGCCCCAGUUUAUUUGGCCGCGGUGUUGGAAUACCUUGCCGCCGAAGUUCUAGAAUUGGCGGGCAAUGCCGCCAGAGACAAUAAAAAAUCCAGGAUCAUUCCUCGGCACUUGCAGCUGGCCAUCCGAAACGACGAAGAGCUCAACAAGCUUCUUUCCGGCGUGACGAUUUCUCAGGGUGGUGUGUUGCCCAACAUUCAGGCUGUCUUGUUGCCCAAGAAAACCGGGGAAGCGAAGUCCAAGGGUGGUGCGAAGGCGUCCUCCCAGAGCCAAGAAUAUUAGAUAGACGACACUUCCAAUCAGCUCAUCAAUCAUUCAUCAUCUUCUCAUCCCCUCAAGAAUAUGAAACCCUAGUCCUUCUAGACCAGUGUGUAACUUCACUUAUGGAUGCAAGGAACUCUCAUUUCUGUGUUCACUCGUGACUGUUUCUACAAACUUUUGCUUGUUUUAUGUGGUUAAUCAUGUGUUUCAUUAUUCUGUAAUAAAUAUUUUUCAUAUAAAA